GACCGCAUCAUAACCUGUAGAGCCCCCAUUGAGAAACACUAGUCUAACUGAACUAGCACAUUAAAUGAAUGAAUGGAUUUACAACAUUAAGAUCACCUUGACUGAACACCAAAUGAUGUAGUAGCCUACAGUAAAUCUGCAUGACCCUAGUAACCUUUGUUUAAAAGAUUUAAUCAUUUGCUUUGAUCAGUGUGUUAAAAGCAUCAGUGCUGCAUUGUAUUCAACAACUGUGAGGUGUCAUGCAUAAUAAGAUUGCUCACCUAUAAAACCCAAUGGCAUCUGAAUCUACAGGGCCAUCAUCAUUUCUUCUGAGACCUCUGUUCAAGCAUCCUCUCAACAAGCAUGGAGUGUCAUCUGAAGAACAUCGUCCUGAGACCUGGAGAUCAAUUUAAAGUACAAGGAAAAGUUGCCAGUGAUGCAGAGAGGUUCCAGAUUGAUCUUGGUGCUGAUGAGGACAACCUGGCCCUUCACUUUAACCCACGAUUUAAAGAGGACGACGCUGCAAUUGUUUGCAACUCAAAGCACGAAAGCACUUGGGGUGAGGAAGAAAGGCAUGACAAUCCAUUCCAGAGAGGUGCAACUUUCAAGAUUUUAAUCAAGCUCACUGACAAGCUUUUUGAGGUUGAACUGCCCAAUGGAGAGGAGCUUACGUUUCCCAACAAAGAAGGCAUGGAGGUCAUUAACUACAUUAGGGUCAAGGGUGACUUCAAGAUCACCUCUUUCAAGCUCAUUUAACACUGGAGAUGGCUCUGAACUCAAAAUGACUAG